UGCUCCGACCACCCCAAGCUCACAUCUCGAGCUUCAAGCUGCGGCUAUCACCUCGCAACCCACACAAUGGCGUCGCGCACCCGCCUGGUUGCCUCCACGGCUUCAGGCCUAAUACGGGCUUCACGACCGACCCUCGUGUCCCGAACAGCGGCUCCUGUUGCCCUCCGCACCUUCUCUCAGACACACUCUCCCGCCGCUCAAAAUGCCACCGGAAACCCGCUCUCGUCCUUCAUCAGCGCAAACUCGCCACCCACCUACUUCUCCUCCUCGAAGAGCCUACCCGCCAACACAAUUAUCCGAUUCGUCCCGCAGCAAACAGCAUGGAUUGUCGAGCGCAUGGGCAAGUUCCACCGGAUACUGCAGCCUGGCCUGGCCGUGCUGCUCCCGGUCAUCGACAGGAUCGCCUACGUGAAGAGCUUGAAGGAGAAUGCACUUGAGAUCCCGAGCCAGAGCGCGAUCACAGCAGACAACGUGACGUUGGAGCUGGACGGCGUGCUAUACACUCGGGUUUUCGAUGCGUACAAGGCGAGUUACGGCGUAGAAGAUGCCGAGUACGCCAUCUCACAGCUCGCACAAACGACGAUGCGAAGUGAGAUCGGUCAACUUAGCCUCGACCACGUGCUCAAGGAGCGCGCCAACCUCAAUGCCAACAUCACCGCCGCAAUAAACGAGGCCGCCCAGGACUGGGGCGUCACCUGCCUGCGCUACGAGAUCCGGGACAUCCACGCGCCCGAGCCCGUCGUUGAGGCCAUGCACCGCCAGGUCACCGCCGAGCGCUCCAAGCGCGCCGAGAUCCUCGAGUCGGAAGGUCAGCGGCAAUCGGCCAUCAACAUCGCAGAGGGAAAGAAGCAGUCCGUCAUCCUCGCCUCUGAGGCUCUGCGUGCCGAGCAGAUCAACAUGGCAAGCGGAGAGUCGGAGGCGAUCCUGCUCAAGGCGACUGCUACCGCCCGCGGAAUCGAUGCUGUUGCACAGUCAAUUGCACAGGGCAAGGACGCCGCUCAGGGUGCGGUUUCCUUGUCUGUCGCAGAGAAAUACGUAGACGCAUUCGCGAAGUUGGCCAAGGAAGGCACGAGCGUCAUCGUGCCUGGAAACGUGGGUGAUAUCGGCGGCAUGAUUGCCAGCGCCAUGGCUGUCUACGGCAAGGUCAACAACGCGAACGCGAAGAGCGUGGCGUCGAACAUGCUCCAGGGGGGUGAGGACACGGCUGCAGGGAGGAAGAUCGCGGAACUUGAGGCGCAGCUCGAGGAGGUGGAGAACGGCACGGGUGACGUGCAAAAUGCCAUCAGCAAGGCCAUGGACCAGCGUUUGAACAGGAAAUAA